CCAUUCACCGCCUCAACGAACGCAUCAAUCCAACAAGGCUUGACCUUCUCGCCACUACGACUUUUCCGACUCGGCUCUGAUCGAGAUGGAGAACGAAAAGAUAUCCAACCUGCUCGCUGAGCAGCGCGACAACGCCCCGGAAGACUUGCAGCACUACUUCCUCAGCUUUGAAGAUUACUGGGAGCGAAAGCUGUGGCAUGAGCUGACGGACAUCCUGGUGAAUUUUUACAAUGAGCCGGAGAGUAAACCGCAGCGGUUAGUGCUGUACGAGGGGUUUGUGAAGGGUUUCGCGGACAAGAUUAAUCAGUUGAAGCUGGUUGAGAUCGGUCUAAGUGCGGCGACGCAAUGUGAAAACGAGCAAGACCGCCUCUCAUUCCUCACCUCCCUCACAUCCCGCGUCGACAAGCCUGCUUCACAAGACGCCUACGUCUUCGCGCUCGCACACGUCGCCUCCGUGCGCUUACGGCUAGGCCAGAAAGCCGAGUCUCGCACAGCCCUAGACAAAUGCGAGAGCGUCCUCGACACCUUUGACGCCGUUGAGACAGUCGUGCACGCCUCCUUCUACCGCGUUAGCGCAGACUACUACCAACAACAGCACGACUUCGCAAAUUACUACCGCACCACUCUCCUCUACCUGGCAUGUGUGGAGCUCUCCGAUCUUUCCGAACCAGAGCGACACCGCAUAGCCUACGACCUUAGCAUCGCAGCACUCGUAAGCGAAACGAUCUACAACUUCGGCGAACUGCUUCUCCAUACCAUCCUCGACAGCCUGGAAAACACAAAGCACGCCUGGCUCCGUGAUUUGCUGUUCGCCUUCAACCGCGGCGAUCUGCAUGCCUACACUAUACUGCAAUCACAUCUUUCCGAAGCUCCACUACUGGCAGAGCAUCAGUCCUUCCUUUACCAAAAGAUAUCUCUUUCCGCCCUCACACAGCUCGUGUUCUCCCGUGCGCCCCAGGACAGGGCCAUGACGUUCCAGACUAUCUCGCAAGAGACGAAGGUGAAGGAGGACGAGAUAGAAUUUCUGGUGAUGAAGGCGUUGAGUCUCGGAUUACUCAAAGGCAAGAUCGACCAGGUUGCACAAGUCGCACGAGUAUGGUGGGUGCAACCUAAAGUGCUGGAGCGGACAGGAAUCGAAGGGAUGAGGGGACGAUUGAAGGAGUGGAUGGGUGGGGUGGAGAGACUGGGAGGUUGGGUCGAAGGCGUCGGAGAGGGCGUUUGGGCGGCGUGAGGUGGGGAAUUUGCGCGGUUGUGUAUGCCUAGCCUCGUGGCGGUGUCCAACGAGCAGCUUGGAGAGCACAUGUAAGACCAUGGCAUGACUAAAGGCUUGCUUCACAGCGCACGGCCUUUGUGCCUCAGGCCUGUUUAGCCGACGACGGUCGCCUCGGACCUUUCGGUGGCGCACUUGUGCUGCCCCAGGUGG